AUGCUACCACCAGUACCAAUAGACCUGAACAUGCAGCUUGUCAAUGCCAUCAAUUCUUUAAUAGAUAGAUGUCAGACAGCCCCUGUGGAAAGUGCAGUCUAUCGUAAGCUUCGUGUAUUCUCUGGCAUAAAGCCAAUACCUCCAGGAGAAGAGGAAUAUGAUGCAUGGGCAGAACAGAUGAUGCACCUGCUAGAGGAAUGGAAGUGUCCGGACACCAUGAAAAAACAGAAAAUAGCAGAAAGUUUGAAAGGGCCUGCUGCGGACAUUGUCCGAUGUUUGAGAGUAAGUAACCCCAGUGCAACAGCUAAUGAUUAUUUUACUGCACUUGAAACAGCAUUCGGAACCACUGAGAGUGCCCUCGAUCUCAUGUUUAAGUUUCGUAACACCUUUCAGCUGCAUGGUGAAAAACUCUCAGCAUACGUCCUCAGAAUUGACAAGCUGCUACACUCUGUUUUCCGCAAAGGAGGAAUCCUGCUAUCAGAGAUGGACAGAACUCGCAUUGAACAGAUAGCCCGGGGCACAUUGCCAAAUGACCUGGUUGCCCUCCGUAUCAAAUUGACAUACAAAUUCAAGCCUCCACCCAGUUUCACUGAACUUUUGCGUGAAGUGAGAGAAGAGGAGGCUAUAACACUGGAUAGGCCGCCUGUUGGUCAUGUUGCGGUCUCUGCCAUGGUAGCUCCUGUUCAGUAUAGUACCAGCCCUGCUGUGUUUUCUGACUACAAUUCAGUGCCUGUAACUGUUCCUUCAGUUGAGAGGCUGAGUAAAGAGGUGCAAGAUUUGAAAAAUGAGGUUACACGCCUGCUCUCAUUGUCUGUUGCACUGCCCUCAGAAGCCACAGUGACUCCUUCACAGAGAGGUAGUCAAAGAGUAGAGGGAAGACCUGCAAAUACAUACAGAGCACGGCAGGACAGAGCUGAUGUUUUCUGUUACAAGUGUGGGGAAGAUGGUCAUUUUCAACGUGAGUGUCAGAAUGCCGAGAACCUCAGGAAAGUCAAUCAACGCCUCAUAAAGCUCAGAUGGCCGAAGGGAAACUCCCCAGGGACCCAGUAA